GUCACGACAAGUUGUCACUGUCGAUGGAAACGGACAGAACGUCCCGUUCGUCGGCCAGUAGGAGCUGGCAGCGUGGAAGUUAUCGCGGCCGGGGCGGAAGACGGCGGAAGCGCAAGCGGAAACCGUGGGGUGAGCGGAUCGCCGACUGGACCAGGGCGCUGAUAGCCUUCCUCUUCAGUAACGUCGGCAUCGUGUGUCUCGUAGUCGGCUACACUAUAGCGGGCGCCUUCCUAUUCACCCACAUCGAGGGUAAAAGCAACUUGGAUAUCGCCGCCAACGUCACCAAGCUAAGAAAUCGCACGGCUGCCAAUCUUUGGGACCUAACGUCCAAGGAAAAUGUGUUCUCGGAAAAACUGUGGAAGGCAAAGGUGAGAGACAUUCUCGAGAAUUAUCAGACGAUGGUAGUGUCAGCCAUAAGAAAUGGGUACGAAGGCGUGGAGGAAAAUAAGUGGACCUUCGCCGGUGCUUUUCUGUAUUCCCUUACCGUGAUAACAACCAUCGAUGUCGAAAAAGACCGUAUGGUGCGGCAAGCGCGAGAACGUCGGAGAUAUCAAAUGAUCCGGCUACAAAAAGAGACAGGUGGCAGAUUGUAAGCACGUAUGGCGGGGAGGUAGAUACGUCGAGUUUGGACGUAGAGGAAACUUUGCCUAGAGACGACGACAACGGUGGCGACGG